CCGCUGUCGCAGCACAUAACUUCGUUGCCUAAGCUCUUUCUUCUCGUGCACAAUCGCAAUGUCUUCUCCGAACGGAAAGGUCGAGAAAAUGGAAGUUGAUAGGGAAAAGUCGCCUGACAGACGUUCGAAAUCGUCCCGUGGCCAAUCAACCGAGACGCAUCGCACGAAGCGGUCUCAUCGCUCACGCUCUCGGGAGCGCGAGAGGGAAAGAGAAAGGGAGCGGCGCCAUAGGGAGCGCGACGACGUGCCUGACGAAAAGCGUAGGAGCAGUCGCGACAGAAGAGACAGGUCCCGCGAACGGUCCCACAGACCGAGGGAUGAUCGUGACAGGGAACGAGACCGGCGAAGGGAACGCGAAGGCGACAGUCGGCGCACCGGAAGAGACAGGGCGGAGAGUCGCCAUAGCCAUCGCGACCGCGAGCGGGACAGGGAGCGCGACCGUGACGACAGGGACUACCGCGACCGGCGAAGGAAGCGUGGAGACGAAGUAGAUGACCCCCGGGAGACCGACGACCGAGUCAAGAGAAAGCGGUCUAACGAAGGUGCCGAAGAGUCCUCUCUUCCUGCCCCACCAGCCUCUGCCGGCCUCCCUGCACCCCCGCCGCCUCUAGCUGAUAGCCCACGUCGCCACAGAACUCGUUCUCGUGAGCCCGACCGUCGAUACGGCGAUCGGCCGCCGAGGCGUUCGCGCGACCCUCGCGAUGAUAUCGACCAACCUCCCCGCCCACGUCGGGACCGGGAGCGCAGUCGUCCGUUGACGCCACCCCCACCUCCUGCGCCUCUGAAAAAACGCCCCUCACCUUCAUACGAACUUCCUCAAGAUGAUCCUAUGAACGACGAACCCAGUCCAGACGACUCGGAAGCUCGGUCUGUCUUUGUUUCCCAACUCGCGGCACGACUCACGGCUCGUGACCUGGGCUACUUCUUCGAGGACAAACUCGGCGAGGGCUCCGUAAUGGACUCGCGCAUUGUCACCGACAGGAUCUCCAGACGCUCUAAGGGUAUCGGCUAUGUCGAGUUCCGUACUGUUGAACUUGUUGACAGGGCCAUCGGACUCAGCGGCACCGUGGUGAUGGGUCUUCCCAUUCAAAUACAACACACAGAGGCGGAGAGAAACAGGCUCCACCCUGGAGACGGGAACCUGAAUUUGCCCCCUGGCGUGAGCGCCCCUCACGGCGGAAUGCAGCUCUAUGUUGGGUCACUGCACUUCAAUCUUACGGAAUCAGACAUCAAGCAGGUCUUUGAGCCCUUCGGGGAGCUCGAGUUCGUUGAUCUCCAUCGGGACCCCAUGACUGGACGUAGCAAGGGCUACGCGUUUGUCCAGUACAAGCGCGCGGAAGACGCUAAGAUGGCUCUUGAACAAAUGGAGGGCUUCGAGUUAGCGGGACGGACCCUUCGGGUCAACACAGUUCAUGAGAAGGGUUCCACUCGUUAUACUCAACAGGACACUCUUGAUGAAGCGGGCGGCGGUAACCUGAAUGCGGCUUCACGUCAAGCGCUGAUGCAGAAACUUGCCAGGACUGAUUCCGCUCCUGUGAAGCUUGAGCCAGUUGCGCGGCCUCACAUCCCUCAGACUAUGCAGUCGCGAUCCGUGCUCCUCAAGAAUAUGUUCAACCCCGAAGAGGAAACCGAAAGAGACUGGGAUAAGGACCUUGCUGAUGAUGUUAAGAGUGAAUGUGCCACUAAGUAUGGUCCGGUGCAGGCGAUCAAGGUCGAGAAGGAAACUCAGGGCGAGAUCUACGUCCUCUUCGAAACCGUGGACGCUGCCGGUCAAGCCAUCGAAGGCUUGAACGGUCGCUGGUUCGGCGGACGACAGAUCUCUGCUGCGUUCAUCUCGGACGCGAUCAUGCAGGCGCAUCGGUAAACGCCACGAGGUUGCCUCCGAGCUGACCUCGGUCCCUCCAGGCAAAAGACGUUGUAUUUUCUAUUGUCGACAUUUCUUGCGGUGCUGGUUCUCAAAGCUACGUUAUGCUACGCAGAUUCGAAUAUGGUCUUCCCCAGGUCGUCGCGUACCAACAGUAUAGGCAGGUUUAUUGCUGACGUUUCGAGCGUCGUAUCUUUUUCGUCUCUCAAUAUGUUCUUCUGCAAUAGAUAUGCCCUUCCCAUCUUCCGGGCCGUCAAAGGCCCUAGUGAGUACGACGAUGCGCCGUUCUGACAUUCAUUUGACAUGCGCAGAUUGCGACUAGUCUUUUCGACGUUGGCAUGCUAUCGCCAUUCCCAUGCUGCUUUGCCAGCAACUCAAACACGGGGAACAGGAAUAUGAUGCCUGCCACUACGCCUGCUACGGAUCAUCUCCGCCGCAGGCCUAUGCAUUUUGACAGUGG